AUGCUUGCGCCUCUUGCUCUGCGCAAAUGGAGUGCCAUGUUCUUGAAUAAAGCGAAUACCUCCAAGCCUGAAGCCGACCCAGGUCCAAUUUCUGGAGACGCUUGGACUGAAGCUUGCCUGAACCCUUCGUCUUGGUGGAAUGGUAUGCAUCAAGUCGUGAGCGACGCAUUCAUUUGGUGGGGUAGCUACGAAGUCUUCGUUGAUCCGAUACGUGAGCUUGAGAAGAACUUCAAGGCAGGCUGGGCAGACGGAGGUGGUGAUCCCAGUCGAGCCAUGUUCCUCGAGUCGGCAAAGGAAGCACAUGUGGGACCCAUCGUCGAUACUAUGAUUCCUGGAGCAAAGAAGGGCAACGCGCAAGAUGGGAUUAAAGAGUGGUUCAAAGGCCAACUACAGCAAUGA